GGAAACCUUCCAACAUUAGAAUUUCAAUCAGUUGAAUGGAUUGGUAAUUUGAUAAAUUGGAAAACAAUGUCGCGCCGCAGCACAACAACAUCCACUAAUUUUGGGCUCUCGUGGAGCCUCGUCGAUGUUAUUUCAAGUAGUACCGCAGUUUUUAAGGUGCCCAUGAACGGCGGGUGCGAUCUCUGGAUUGGGUGCGCCCGAUGGUUGCGUGAUAUGAAAGUGCUCACAACGGAUAAAAAUGGGACAAUGCUUGAAUUUGCUUCUGUUCUCAGAGACGGAAUUCUCCUCUGCCGUCUUGCCAAUACUUUGGUACCCAAUGGAAUUGAUCAGAAGAAAAUUAUGCGGACAAAUCAGCCGUCACCAUUUCUUUGCUGCAAUAACAUUAAUUACUUUGCAAUGUUCUGCAAGACAUAUUUCAAUUUGGAAGACGCCGAUUUGUUCACAGCUGAGGAUUUGUAUUAUAUGAAUGGAUUCCAAAAAGUUUUGAAGACAUUGUCAUUUCUUUCGCAUACCAAAGAAUCACUCAGUAGAGGUGUAGACCCGUUUCCCGAUACCGACAAUAACCAAGAAGGAACAUCAAAUGGAUCGGAAUUUGAGGACGAUGUGGAAAUUUAUCAGUCUCUGCAUGACAACAUUGAAAAUGUUGACCCAAACAGGACAAUAUAUGGCCCAAUCACAAGUGCGGAUCCAGAAGAACAACAAAGUGAGCAGUUGUAUGAUCGGAUAGUAACUAAUCGAAAACCUAGUAUGAAUGAAAACGAUCUUCAAAAUACACCGACGUUAAAACGAAAUCGAUGUAUUCGUGAACUUUACGAUACGGAGAAGAAUUACGUGGCACAGGCACUUGUGACAAUAAUCAAGACAUUUUAUGAGCCACUGAAAGGAAUAAUUCCCACGAGUGACUACAAUAUUAUUUUUGGAAAUAUUGAAGAAAUUAAUGUAUUGCAUACAGCGCUGCUGGCAGAUUUAGAAUAUCCUGUAAAAGUGGCGUUAGGGUUAUCAGAUGCAACUCCUCCAAGACCGAUAUCAUUGAAUGAAUGUGUUCCACAGACGAUUGGAGAGGUUUUCAUCAAAUACCGAGAUCAGUUCCUUGCGUACGGAAAAUACUGCAGUAACCUUCCAGACAGUAGAAAACUGAGCAACGAGCUUCUCAAAACCAAUGAGUUCAUCUCCAGGAAUAUUAAUGAGUUGACAGCACAAGGAAACUGCAAAUUUGGAAUGAACGAUCUCUUGUGUGUUCCAUUUCAACGCCUCACAAAAUAUCCACUAUUGUUAAAGGAGCUACAAAAAAAGACGGAUUUGGCUAGCCCGGAUCGGAAGUCUUUGGAAGAAGCUGUCGAAGUAAUGGAGGAUGUCUGCAACUACAUUAAUGAAGAAUCUCGAGACACAAAUGCAAUAAAAGUGAUUGACGAAAUCGAGCAAAGCAUCACCGACCUAUCCAUGCCACUGAACGUUAAACUUCACGACUACGGACGAGUGAACCUAGACGGAGAAGUAAAAAUGGCGGAAAGCACGUUAACUCAAGCUGGAAAACCUAAGCAACGCUAUAUUUUCUUGUUCGACAAGGUUAUUGUGGUAUGCAAAGCUGCGAACAAAGUGAUGGCAGCGAAAACUACAGGAGCAUCUGCAAGAACAAACACAUUUACUUACAAGAAUGCCUAUGUGAUGUCAGAACUUACCAUUGAUAAAAAUGCAUCGCUUGAUGUAAAAUCUGGUGGAACAAUUACGCGAAGAACACAAUACGUGAUUAUAAUGACCCGCGAUAGAAAUGAGAAUAAUGAAAUCACCCAGUUGACGUUUUAUUUCAAGAAUGAAGCUACUAGAAACAACUGGAUGACUGCAUUAUUGCUGUCCAAAUCAAAUGUUUCCCCUACGGAUUAUCUUCGAGAUACAAAUCACAAAGUGGCAUUUCAUUCUUUCCGGGUAGACGUUAAGAAUCCAGCAACAUGUGAUGUUUGUGAUAAAUUGAUGAAAGGACUGCAAUAUCAGGGAUAUAAGUGCGAAUCUUGCAACAUGUCAAUGCAUAAGGAGUGUUUGGGACUGAAAAAAUGCGAAGCUGUUCGGAAAUCAACGCACGAAACACGAAGUUCACAGAGCUUCAACUGUAACAGACCCCGUUUUCAUAUUCACGAAGGGGAUAUUGUGGUGGCCAACUCCAACUCAACUCCAUCCGACCUUUCCUAUCUUCAGUUUGCAAAAGGCGAUCGCAUUGAAGUGAUCAAAAUGCAGGGACAUAAUCGGUUCACUGGUUGCCUCAUCAAUAAUCGCAACAGAACGGGCCUUGUUCAUCUAGACCACGUUUCACAGUCAAGAACAACGUCAAUGAUUGGACUCAGCCCAAUUGAUUCGCCUGCUGGAUCGAUCGCACCGCGUGUCGUUCGGAAUGAAUCGACGGUGUUGCCGAAUAAAUUGUUAUCUGAUGGAAGCUCACGGAGCCUUAGUGGACCACACGGAAGCAGAAGUUCCCGUAACUCAUCAUCAUCUACUAUUAACGGCUCGAUGGAUUCGGUGCCACGUCAGCAAGACUAUGUUAAUACGGAAAUAUCGGAAUUCCUAUGGUACAUGGGAGAAAUGGAACGAGCAAAAGCCGAAAGCACGUUAAAAGGAACUCCAAACGGAACGUUUUUGGUCCGAUACAGUAAGAAUCGAAAGCAAACCGCUAUCAGCUUGAGUUAUAAAAAUGAUGUGAAGCAUAUGAUCAUUGAGCAAAAUUCGGACGGUAAAGUGUAUCUGGAUGAAGAUUACAUUUUCAAUUCAACAGUGGAGCUUGUGCAAUAUUAUCGCAGUAACAAUUUGAUUGAAAUUUUUGCUGCUCUUGACACGUGCCUCAAAAAUCCAUAUUCCCAAUGCAAGGUUUUCAAAGCUGUUCAUGACUACGAUGCUCCUUCACCAAACAACGAAGGCAAAUUUCUAUCAUUUAAAACUGGUGACAUUGUUGUUCUACUGGACACUGUUGGUGAGGAUCGUGGAUGGUGGAAGGGCCAGGUGAACAAUAAGUCUGGCUUCUUUCCUUUGAGUUACGUGAAACCAUACGAUCCGGCCACAGAAGGGAGCAGUAGUCCCGUAACACCAACUUCUUCUAGCUCCUGAUCCUUUUUUUAAAUCCAGAACAAAUAUCAAAACUUGCCAAUAGGAAUUAUGUUUAGCGCACGUUAGUCUUUUUCUUCCUUUUUUUCAAGUUAUGUCACCCUUAUUCAAAUCUCAUGAGUGUUACGUGUUUAGUUGUCCAAUUUUUGAUUUUAAUAAUUGAUUUUUUUAACGACUCUCUUUUACAAAACAAAUUGCCUGACCCUUGUCUUUUAUAUUUUAAAUUUCAACAAAAUAACUUCAACAACGCCAUCAAAACUUGUGAUUCCAUCUUUAAUUUCCUCAUUUUCUUCCUCCCACCUAAUCAGCUCUACUUCAAAAGUUUUGUUUUUCUGUAAUUCUGAGUGUGACAGCGCUAGUCAUUAAAUUGUCCAUUUUUGUUAUCACACAAGCUUUUAUUUCAUCAGCCACAUCAUUUGUAGUCCGGUUCUUCUUAAAUCCCUUAUAACUUCACUUUCGUUUCCUUCUUAAUAUUUUGCUCCAAUUGUAAUGAUCAACAUUGUCGAGUCCGUUACUUUUUUGUAUUUUUUUUUCAAAGCUUCACAUUUGAACUUGGCUGUGUUUGUUGUAAGAACAUAUAAACGACUUCUGUCU